UUAGCUGGUGCUUACACUUGCUUCUGACACAACCGUGUUCACUAGCAACUACACAAACAGCCACCAUGGUGCAUCUGACUGCUGACGAGAAGGCCGCUGUCUCUGGCCUGUGGGGCAAGGUGAAUGUGGAUGAGGUUGGUGGUGAGGCCCUGGGCAGGCUGCUGGUGGUCUACCCCUGGACUCAGAGGUUCUUCACCUCCUUUGGGGACCUGUCCAAUGCCGCUGCUGUGAUGGGCAAUAGUAAGGUGAAGGCCCACGGCAAGAAAGUGCUGAACUCCUUCGGCGAGGGUCUGAAGAAUCUCGACAACCUGAAGGGCACCUUUGCUAGCCUGAGUGAACUGCAUUGUGACAAGCUGCACGUGGAUCCUGAGAACUUCAAGGUGAGUCUAGGAGAUGUUCUACUUUUUGCUUUUCACUUUCUAGGCUUUCUCUUUGGUUCUUCACCUACCCGUUCUUCCAGGUUCCUUUUAACCUUACCAUAUUUCAUUAUUUAAUGCCUUUCAAAAUGUAUAUAGUU